GAUUAUAAAACUCAUCCAUUAACAAUAUCAGUGACCAGUACCCAUCUCCAAGAAACACUUCUCUACUUACUGUUACCUCUCAUAAUCCGUGAACUUCUCGCAUAAUUCUCACAAAAUAUUCAAGAGCAAACAAGACAAAUUUUUCUUCAAUACAACAUGUUGAACGCCAUGCCUGGCAGUUUCAUUGUACAACAGGUCCAUCGUACCCUUCAAGCUCGUCGUGUGGCAGUACAACUCGCAGAGCUUGCUCUCCAGAAGGAAAAUUCUGCUUGGGAGAUUGCAGCGAUCCCCAUCCAUCCAUGGCUCAAAUUUAAUGGAAGUGAUAAGACGUUAGAAAUUCUACUCGACUUUGUUGAUUUGACUUCGCCAUUCCAGCAGAAUAAGCUUACCAAGACUCUAAUUGAAACUCUUCCAAAGUACUCGAAGCAUGCGACAAGCAUCUAUAUUGGUAUUACGUUUGGGAUUCCCCACAUGGAUAUUAUCAACAACAAUACCAAAGCUGCUCGCCAUUGGGCGAUGGCCAACGUCGUUUAUGAGCUUAAUAAGUUCCGCCAACUUGAUUCAGUUCGGGUCUCGAUGUCUGUACAAAGAAUUUACUGGGAACAGGUCAAGCCGGUCAGCGCAAUCUAUGGACUGGACUAUCCUCACUGGACUUUUGAAAUUGUCGAAAAUGGUGCUGUGAACGCAGUUGAAAUUGACUCCGACAUUGAUUGUAAAUUGAACUCUGGUUUCAAUGAUGAGAUGUACUGGUGAUGGAAGAUAAGAAUUUUGAGCGAAUCUAAACCAAAAACCGCGGAUAGCUCGAGAUGAACGAUGCAUCCAUCCGCAGCUUAUCGUUGGUCUUUACAAUAACUUUUUGCGGGCUAGGUGAUGCUGAGGGGUGUUAGAUGACUGCGAUAGCGUUUACUAUAGCAUAUAAUUUCUGGGGUUGGCCCAUGGAUUGCUUCUUAUAUGAUACCACUUGUUUUUAAUAACGCCGCUAGCAGCCGCUACAAAAGAAAAUAAUAAUA